AGUUUACAUUGCGUUGUCCUUGCGUGAGGACGUGCGUAGAUCAUCAUUUCAAUUUUCGCAGUAUUACGAGCAUCGGAAAUAACAGAAAAAAUUGUUAAAAAAAAUUGUUGAACUGCACUGAAACCGCAGGACUGAACCCUGUUUUUGCUGUGGCGUGCGUGUGUGCGAGAUGCAGUUUUUGUGUUUCUGACAUAGCAUUUACCAAAACAGAAGGCGGAAAAUAGGGGGAAAGGAUCCGACGAAGGAUCUGCGAUAGUCCCAAACUGUGUGUGUGCGGGUAAGGCUGUUGCUUCUUCGCCACCAGGGCAUGUGUGUGUGAGUGCGAGUGUGUUUGUGCAGUCACGUGUUCUAAGGUGAUUUUAACGAGUUCCGUGAUACGCGAAAUGAGAUAAGGAACGAGGAAGGAGCAGAAUCGGGCGAAGCGAACGGCUUAGGCGGGCACAAAAAGGAGCAACAAGAAGCCACGCAGCCAAAGCCAACAACCAAAUCCCCAUUCGCCAGGACACACAGGAUACUUGCUCGGUGCGCCUUAAAGGAUUCUCUGAUAAAUCAACCGAAAAUUGCAUAAAAUAAAAUUGUUUGCCAAAUUGUGCGCAGCGAGAGAACCAAAAAGCAAAAAACAAAACCCCAUACUCACAUGUGAAGUAUGACUAGCCAGUUGCAUUGAAAGUACAAGAAAAUAAUAAGAGAGAAAACUAACGCAAAUAACCUGAAGAUACCAUACGAUAAACUAGCAACAUGCGGUUUCCACAGAAUGCCUAUCAAACGGCAUUGACCACAAUACUUCUGGCACUCACAUUAGAGAUGACCGCAGCUUUACGGGAUGUCCGGGUUCGAGUUCCCCACGCGGUGAGGCGCAGUGAAAAGGCCAUACUGAAAUGCUUCUACGACAUCGAGGAUGACAGUCUGUACUCGGUGAAAUGGUAUAAGGGCAGACGAGAGUUCUAUCGUUACACGCCGAAGGAAACGCCGCCCAUGAAGGUCUUUCACUUCCCAGGAGUCAAAGUGAGACGCGUGUCCUCGAACGAGAGCCAAGUGGUGCUCGAUGCGGUAACAAUGGCUACAUCCGGUAAAUACAGUUGCGAAGUAUCGGCGGAUGCGCCCUCAUUUCAUACAUUAAUAGCGGCAGCAGAAUUGGAAGUUAUUGAAACGCCCCACAAUGCGCCAUUCAUAACGGGCAUACGUCCUCGAUACCGGGUCGGCGACAUAUUGCGAGGUAAUUGCACAUCGCGACACUCGCGGCCGGCGGCCAAUCUCACAUGGACAGUGAAUAAUGAAGAGGUAAAUCCUGCCCUAGUGCGACACCAUAAAAUACUUCGUGAUGCUCGUAAUGACAUGGAAACUGCUGUUGUGGGCAUUCACUUUGUAGUCACCGAUCAACACUUUGAUAAUGGAAAGCUAAAGCUCCGCUGCAGUGCCCAAUUGCACGAUGUCUAUUGGAAGACCACCGAAAAGAUUAUCCUCGAAACAGAUCUUUUUCCAAAACACGGAAACGGUGCCAAUGGGAAUCAUGUGAAUCCCGACGAUUUCUAUGAUCAAUAUGCUCUGCACGAGGAUCAUUUGCACAAUAAAAAGAACAGCUAUCUGACGCAGCUACAGGAAUUCUUUUUCUAUCAUUUUGUACCCUCAGGCGAAGAAGACGACGGAACCGAGGGCGGAUUAGGGGAUGGAGGAGCCGCUUGGCGAGGCGCCGGUUCGUCCAGUUCCCGCCUGAGUCCGAGCUCAAGUCAAUCCUGUUGGAUGGUCGGUGGAUCGCUAAUGGCGGUGCUCAGUUGGACGCUGGCCAGGCAAUUAGUGUCGCCGUUGCAGGCGAUGAUGACAAAGACCGGCGAUGCAACGUGCAACAUGAGCGGAAGGUGCACCAGCCGGCGGACAAGACCCCAUGGAAUGCGGGUCAGCGCAACAAAGCAAAAGCAGAAGCAAAGGCAAAGGCAAAUGCAGCAGGAGCAUCGCAAGUCCUGCCUGCGGGUGUCGAAAAGCAGCUGGAAAGGACGUGGAUAUGUGUGCGGAUGUGGAUUCGGCAGGAUCAACAGCAGAUGUAUCAGGCAAUUAACAUGAUUCAAUUGUCACACAACUCCAGUGCCACACGCCAGGGGUAGAAAUUAAAGUGGAGUCCAGCGAAAGCUAUAGUUAGAGGAUGUUGGAGGAGAGUUCAGCCCAAGGCCAAGACCCAGAAGCAACUGCAGGAUGUAUCUAAAGUACUUACACUAACAAGACACCAGACACUCGUUUCAGCUAGCUCAAAGUAACUUCAAAUG